UUUUCCCGCAACAUUAUGUGAAGAACGAUUUUUCAUUUCAUUUCCGGCAAAAAGUAAAGUUUAAAUAAAAAAAAGUAAUGUUUAAAUUUUUUAAAAUAAAUUCCUUUAUUUUUACCAACAAUUUUAAUUGCCACAUAUCAAUAAACAACAUAAAACAAAAUUCUAUUAAUUGCACUGAACGAUUGUUUAUUAGUUGCAUUGAUGGAUUGUGUAUGAUUAUGGUCAUACACGUUUUGUUGUUUUUGUUUACGGUUCAUAUUUGCGAGAGUCUGAAGUAGCCAAUUUUCUGGUUUUUUUAUCUAUAGUGUACACCGGUAAUGGAACAUACGCAAAUAGAAUGUACAUCAUAUUGUAAGUAGGUGACGUCACGCGAUAUCAAAUGUCGUAAGCUGGCGAACUUAUAUGGGGGAAUUGUUUGACGAUUUCCUUUUUUGCCGCUGGCUGUGGCUAUAAAACGCGACCAACAACCCGCACUAUAUUAGAUUAUCAGAAAUCGACGACUUAUGUACAUCGAAAAUAAGCAAUUGCAAAGCGGUUGAAAAAAAUAUUUUAAAUUUUACCUUUACAAGCAUAGCCCGCUUAGAAUGUCGGUUUGUACAGUUGCUUCACGUGCCAUUAGCAAAGCACAAACAAGUUCGUGCAAAAUUGCAUCGAACCUGACGACCAUGAGCAGUUCUCGGGUAACAGGAAGGAUUUCUCGCCGACAUUCAAGUUUACUGGCUGGUACCAAAGACAUCUCAGUCAUCGCUCAAAAUGUGGAAAUCCCGAAAAGAGAUCAUGUGCACCGCUCAAAGGUUUCCAAUCGGCGAGUCUUUUUUUCAACCUCACUUCAAGCGGGAGGGAAAAGUGGAUGUCCGAUGCACUCCAGAUUCAUAGCACCUACCAGUACAGACCUUAGCAGCAAGAUCGUCAUGGGCACCUUUGGUAUUGGCUGGAGACUGCGUUCACAGUGGCGAGUAGCAGCGCAAAACGUCAAACACCAAAUCACUCAAGCUUUGAGCCUUGGUGAAACGAAGACCAGUGUAAGGGAAGUUCAAAGUUACUCCGAAAUACCGGGGCCCAGAGGCCUGCCGUUUCUUGGUUCAGUUUUAGAAUACACUGCUAUUGGAAAAUUCUCACCGAAGCAGUUUCAUAAAGCGUUGCGAUCAAGACAUGGCAGAUACGGCAAAAUCUUUCGCGAGCGACUUCUCCAAGAUGAAUUCGUUUACGUCUCCGAUCCAAAGGACAUUCGAGUUUUAGUUCAGAACGAAGGUAAAGCUCCUUGCCGACCACAUCUUGAAGCAAUUGUUGCCGGUCGUAAACAACUAAAGCUCCCAGUUGGAAUAACGGCCGAGCAAGGCAAUGAUUGGCUAAGAAGCCGCACAUCCAUAAACGGUGGGAUUUCUUGCCCACGGGCCUUGAAAACAUACCGAGCAGGGCAGCAAGUCAUUGCCGAGGACUUCGUGGAGUUGAUUCGAAACAAACGCGAUGCAACAACGGGGGAAGUACCACAGUUUGAGCAAUGGUUGAACAGAUGGGCGCUUGAGUCGAUUGCAAUCGCUAUGCUAAACACAAGGCUUGGUCUUUUUGACGCUGGACAAUUCAAGAAAAACCGACCCGCCGAAAAACUUCGUGAAUGUAUGGACAUCUUCUUCGAUUACGGCGCACGACUUACAUUCGGUGUCCCGAUGUGGAAAAUAUUCAACACAAGAGAGUGGAAAACAUUCUGUCAAUCUCAAGUCGAUGAAUUUGAAAAUGCUGGAUACUUCGUAAACAAAAAACUAAAACAGCUUAAAGAGGAAAGAGGUUCACAAGAAGCGUCCAAGCAGUCGCCGUCGUGUUUAUUAGAACACCUUAUCAGCAAGAACAGUGAGGUGUCGCAGAUGGAAGCAACCACAAUUUGCCUGGAACUUCUGGCUGGUGGUAUAGACACCACAGCAACAGCAGCAGUGUUUACUUUAUUCGAACUUUCGAGAAAUAAGGAGCACCAAUCGAAGCUACGUGAGCUCGCAAACCAAGAAACCGAUGAAGGCAAAAAUAACUCACAAUUUUCAAGGUAUUUGAAAAGUUGCAUUUGGGAGUCAAUGAGGCUACACCCUCUUACAUACGCAAAUAUGAGGAAAACCGAAACGGAUCUGGUCCUGUCCGGUUACAAAGUUCCCGCUGGUACUACAGUUCGAUACACAUCGCAUCUGAUGAACUUGAAAGACGAGAAAUACUUUCCACAAGCGGAUGAGUUUUUACCGGAAAGAUGGCUUGAUAGAAAAUCAGAAAACAGGUGCAAAGAGCAGUUUACAUUUACACCCUUUGGCCAUGGUGCACGACAAUGCCCUGGUCGCCGUAUCGCUGAGCAAGAGUUGGAUCUUUUAUUUCGUCAACUGAUCCGUAAUUUCAACAUAGAUUACGAACACGAAGAUAUUAAAACAAAAGUCCGUUUGUUCAACGCUGCAGAUCGCCCCGCAAGAUUCUCUUUCACACCA